CGUUUGCUCUCAGUGAGUCUUUUCUUUUGUUCUGUCUGAAAAAAUUGUUGAAUAGAGAGAGAGUUUUUGUCUUCUCAGCUGUUUCGUGGGAUAGUAACAAGGAGGAGGAAGCUUGUUCUUCUAGACUUCUUCUUCUCUCAAAUUCGCUCUGUUCAACUUUAAAUCAUGGUUGGAGGAGGAAGUGCACAGAAGCUUACUACAAAUGAUGCGCUUGCAUACCUUAAAGCCGUGAAGGAUAAAUUUCAAGAUCAACGUGACAAAUAUGACGAGUUUCUCGAGGUCAUGAAGAAUUUUAAAUCUCAAAGAGUUGAUACAGCUGGUGUCAUAACAAGGGUUAAAGAACUUUUUAAAGGGCACCAAGAGUUGAUUUUGGGUUUCAAUACCUUCUUGCCAAAAGGUUUUGAGAUCACACUUCAACCCGAAGAUGGGCAACCUCCACUUAAGAAACGCGUUGAGUUUGAGGAAGCAAUUAGUUUUGUCAACAAGAUUAAGGCAAGGUUUCAGGGAGAUGAUCGUGUAUACAAAUCAUUUUUAGACAUUUUAAACUUGUACAGAAAGGAUAGCAAGUCCAUCACUGAGGUCUAUCAGGAGGUUGCGAUCCUAUUUCGGGAUCAUGCAGAUUUACUUGUGGAGUUUACUCAUUUUCUACCUGAUACUUCUGCAACACCCUCUAUUCCUUCUGUUAAAACUCCAGUUCGUGACAGAGGGAUUUCUCUUCCUGAUAAGAAGGACCGGAUCAUUACUCCACAUGACUAUAGUACUGAACAUGUUGACCUGGAUCGGGAUAGACCUGUGAAGAAAGAAAAUAAAGAACACGUGAGAGGUUAUCACAAAGAAAAUGAGCAUAGGGAUGCCAGAGAUUUCGAACCUGAUAGCAAAAAAGUGCAGUUUCUGAACAGCAAGCAAAAAGUAUAUAUUAGAGGUGAUGAUUCUGCUGAAAACUCCAAUCAAGUCAGGGACGGAAAGAAAAUUUCUGGGGCGGUUCCUAGUUCAUCUACUUAUGAUGAAAAAGGUGCCAUGAAAAGUUAUAGUCAAGAGUUAACUAUUGUCGAUAGAGUAAAGGACAAGCUGAAUGCCUCAGAGUACCAGGAGUUCUUACGUUGUCUUAAUCUCUUUUCAAAAGAAAUAAUCAGCCGACCUGAAUUGCAAUCUUUGGUAGGAAAUUUAAUUGGAGUAUAUCCUGACCUCAUGGAUUCCUUUAUAGAGUUUUUGAUGCAAUGUGAAAAGAAUGAAGGACUGCUUUCUGGUAUUCUGACUAAGAAGUCCUUGUGGAGUGAGGGCAAAUAUCCUCAACCUUCACUGGACAAUGAUAGAGACCAAGAACAUAAGAGCGAUGAAGGGUUUAGAGACAAAGAUCAUGAUAAGGAGAGGCUUGAAAAAGCGGCAGCAAGUCAGAAAUGGGCAAAGCCAAUCAGUGAACUGGAUCUCUCGAAUUGUGAACAAUGCACUCCUAGUUAUAGGUUACUUCCAAAAAAUUACCCAAUUUCCAUUGCAAGCCAGAAGACAGAGUUAGGUAAACUGGUUCUUAACGAUCACUGGGUCUCUGUCACAUCCGGAAGUGAAGACUAUUCAUUUAGCCACAUGCGCAAGAACCAGUAUGAAGAGAGCCUCUUCAAAUGUGAGGAUGACAGGUUUGAGCUAGACAUGCUAUUAGAAUCUGCAAAUUCAACUGCAAAGCAUGUAGAAGAAUUAUUAGCAAAGAUCAACAGUAAUGAAUUGAAAAUCAACAGCCCCAUCCGUGUCGAGGAUCACCUCACAGCUCUAAAUAUAAGAUGCAUAGAACGGCUAUAUGGUGAUCACGGGCUAGAUGUGAUGGAUGUGUUAAAGAAGAACGUGUCUCUUGCUUUACCUGUUAUCCUAACACGUUUGAAACAGAAGCAAGAAGAGUGGGUAAGGUGUCGUUCUGAUUUCGACAAAGUCUGGGCUGACAUAUAUGCUAAGAACUACUACAAAUCGCUUGAUCAUCGAAGUUUCUACUUCAAACAGCAGGAUUCAAAGAAUCUGAGCAUGAAAGCAUUGUUGGUAGAGAUUAAAGAGACUACUGAAAAGAAGCGAGAGGAUGAUUCACUUCUUGCACUUGCAGCCGGAAAUAGACUAUCCAUUUCCCCAAAUUUGGAAUUUGAUUAUCCUGAUUCUGACCUUCAUGAAGAUCUCUACCAGCUGAUCAAGUAUUCAUGUGCAGAAAUGUGCUCUACCGAACAGUUAGAUAAAGUAAUGAAGAUUUGGACAACCUUCAUGGAACAGAUAUUUGGUGUUCCUUCUCGCCCUCAAGGUGCUGAAGACCGAGAAGACGUUGUCAAUUCCACAAACCAGAAUGUAAAAAGUGGUAGUGCAAGUGCUGGAGAGAGUGAGGGAAGUCCUCACAAAUGCACUAAUGUUGCUGACCCUAGACGCUCGAAGGCAUCUCGGAAAAUUAAUGAACGUAAUCAGUUGGGGCAAAGCAGUAAUCCAGAUAGGAAUUGCACAGCUGGUAGGACCUCAGAUACCUUAUGUGAGACUGCUCAGUAUGAGACAAUGGAGAAGAAUGUAGUGACACCUGAUGAAAGGCCUGAAAGCAAACACGCUGUUUCUAUUGAACGUGUACAUGAUUCAACUGCUUUCUCUGUGGGUGGAUUAUCAGACCAAAGUAAUGGAGGAAACGGACACGGCAGUAACAAUCUGAAGCCUAGUGGUAUGACGCGUGGAAUAGAGUUGGAGUUGAAGGUGAAUGAUGGAAAUGGGGCAAAAGUAGAGGUUGGUAACAAGAAAGUAUUGACUAAUGGGAUCUCGGUAGAAAUAACAAGUAAUCAAGAGUUGGCUGGGAAAUCCAAAGUUGAAAGAGAAGAAGGUGAACUUUCUCCUAAUGGAGACUUUGAGGAAGAUAACUUUGCAGAUUAUGCAAAAAGUGGUUUGGAGGCUACCAGCAAAGCGAAUGAUAAUGCUGGAAAUAACUUAAACCGAGAGAAAAUUAGAGAAGAUGAACCAUGUUGUCUGGAGACAGGGGCUGAGAAUGAUGCUGAAGGUGACGAAAACGCUGCAAGAUCAUCAGAGGACAGCAGAAAUGCAUAUGAGAACGGUGAUGUUUCUGGAACGGAGUCUGGUGGUGGUGAAGAACCGGAGGAUGAUAUGGAUCCCAAUAACAAGGGAGAAAGUGAAGGAGAGGAUGAAGGUAUGGCUGAUGCACAAGAUACUGAAGAAGAUGGAUCUCCCUUACCCUUUUCAGCUCGAUUCCUACUGCAUGUAAAGCCCUUAGCAAAGUAUGUUCCGUCAGCUUUAGCUUUGCAUGACAAAGACAAAGAGAUUCCAAAGAACUCCCAAGUCUUCUAUGGGAAUGAUUCAUUUUACGUGCUUUUCAGGCUUCACCGGAUAUUGUAUGAGAGAAUAUUAUCAGCAAAAGUUAACUCAGCAUCCCCGGAAGGAAAGUGGAGGACCUCAGAUACCGAAAAUCCUACCGAUUCCUAUGCCAGAUUCAUGACUGCUCUCUACAACUUACUUGAUGGUACAUCUGAAAAUGCCAAAUUUGAAGAUGACUGUGGAGCCAUAAUCGGGACUAAGUCUUACGUUCUCUUCACAUUGGACAAACUGAUCCAUAAGUUCAUCAAGCAUCUCCAAGGAGUAGCAGCCGAUGAGAUGGAUAACAAACUUCUUCAGCUUUAUGCAUAUGAGAAAUCCAGAAAGCCUGAAACGAUUUUUGAUGCUGUUUAUUACGAUAAUGCCCGUGUGCUCCUCCCCGAUGAGAAUAUUUACCGUAUUGAAUGUAAACUAUCAACCCCAGCCAAACUCUCUAUUCAGCUUAUGUGCAACGGUCUUGAUAAGCCCGAUGUGACAUCUGUAACCAUUGACCCGACCUUUGCAGCUUAUCUCCACAGUGACUUCCUCUCUAUACAAUCGAAUGCAAGGGAGAACCGCAGAAUCUAUUUAAAUAGGAACAAGCGCAAAAUUGGUGGUGAAGACGAACAGCUACACACCACAGAUGGAGUUAAGAUUAAAAAUGGAUUGGAGUGUAAGAUAGCUUGCAGUUCUUCAAAGGUCUCUUAUGUAUUGGAAACAGAAGACCUAUUGGUGAGAGUUAAAAAGAGAAGAAAAACUUUGAGCCAGAACCAGGAUUCCAUUUCCAAUUGUUGUUUAAUUAGGCAAAGGAGGUUACAAAGAUACCAAAGACUUGUGACCAGCCUGUAACAAUCUGGAAGAAGAGAUACACAAAGAUACCAAAAGCAACUCAACCUGUUCAUUCUCCAACCUAACAAUGACAAAACAAAACCACAAAAAAAGUUCUCCAUUGUUGUUGAUUUCACCAGAUAGAGCCAAAUUACAAAAGAGAAUUGGCUCUUUGUUGUCUGAUUCUGAUAGACAAAGAAACAAACACCAAAAAGAUUUAAAAUCUUUGUUACAUGUGUAAAGCUUGUCUCUUUCACUCACUGUUGUUGUAAAGUUUUGUUGUAUCAUGUAACAUUUAAUAAAAGUUUCAUUUUUUUGGGUAUGUUA